GGAAAGCAUUGUGUGCAUGGAGGCGACUUUAGGGUUGAGGAAAGGUGCAUGGACGGCGGAGGAAGAUGAUCGACUCCGAAAGUGCAUUGAGAAGCAUGGAGAAGGAAAAUGGCACCGAGUCCCACUCGCAGCAGGUCUAAACAGAUGCAGAAAGAGUUGUAGACUGAGGUGGUUGAAUUAUCUGAAACCAAAUAUCAAUAGAGGAAAGUUCACUGCUGAUGAAGUUGAUCUCAUGAUACGAAUGCAUAAGCUUCUAGGAAACAGGUGGUCACUAAUUGCCGGCAGACUUCCUGGAAGAACAGCAAACGAUGUGAAAAAUUAUUGGAAUACUCAUUUACGAAAAAAAGAUUCGAAGUCUUUCCUUAAUAAAGAUAUUGAGAAAGGCGUACAUGUUAUGAAAGUAGAAGCAGUAAAGCCUCGACCUCAAGUUCUCUCCAAAAAUUUGGUGUUGCAUGAAGACAAAGCUUCAUUUACUAUUGGUCAUAGUCAUGAACAUCAUACAUCGAAUCAAGACAAUCUUCAAUUUCAGGAUUUAACGACUUUCGAUGAUCAAGUGGACAAUGAGAUUGCAUGGUGGCAGAGCUUGCUAGAUGGUAAACAAAUGGAACACGAAACACACAACAACUCUUUAAGUACUUUUGAACCCAAUUUAGAUCACUUCAUUCAGAAAAAUUUCGACCAUGUUGAAGUAAAUAAUAUUGUGGUUGAUGAUAAUUGUAUGGUUAUUCAUAACGAAAAAGAAAAAGAAGAAAAUGAUUAUAUCUUGACAACUUUGGAUGUGAACCUUUGGAAUUUUCCAGAGAUAAUUAGAGAUUAA